AUGUGCAGGCAUGCGCCAUUGGUGGCGGUUGACUUGGCCUCGCAGUCCGAAGAUAGAAUUCUUGAAACUCUCAAAAAGGUCGGCGCUACCGUCGACUCGGCAGUCAGUGCAUUCUCAAAUAUCUCACAUUUAGGAGACCGGGCUACGAACUUGGAGGAGGCCAAGCGGGAGGGCCAGGAGCUUGUGAAAGAGGUGUGGGCGGUUGUUUCCGACUACUAUCUGGAUGCUAGAGGCUCCGGCUUUGAUCAAGUCAAGUGGGCGGCGCUACGUGACAAACACAUGGCGCAGCCCCUGCCAACUCAUGAGGCUGCCUACAGGGCAAUCAGGGAGAUGCUGGCGUACGGUCUCAAUGACCCUUAUACACGCUUCAUCACCCCAAAUGAGUUUGGAGCGAUGCGAAAGUACGACGUCACCGGAGUGGGCCUGAACCUGGCGACCGCAGAGGAGUUCACGCGCAAGAGCGGCCUUCAGCUACCGGCUGACCGCGCCGACGUGCAGGUGGGGGGCGUGUGGGUACUGGGCAUGAUCAAGGGCGGCGCGGCCGACCGGGCUGGGGUGCGGCAGGGGGACGAGCUGCUGUCCAUCGAUGGCAACAGCGUGGCCGCCCUCAGUCCCUUCCAAGCAGCCGGCCUGCUGCAGGGCACCGACGAGACUGCACCCCCAAGUGUCAGCCUCGAGGUGAGGAGGCAGGACGGCGCCAGUGUGGAGGUGGACAUCGAGCGGCCCGUGCGCAGCGUUCCCUCUCCCGUCACCACCUACCUGGAGGACCGAGGAGGCAGGACGGUGGGCCACAUCAGCCUCAGCGCCUUCAAUGCGCGCGCGCUGUCAGAUGUGGUGGCGGCUGUGCGGCAGACGGAGGCGGCCGGCGCUGCCGAGCUGGUCCUGGAUCUGCGAGACAACCGCGGCGGCCUCGUGCAGGAGGGCAUCGAGAUCGCCAAGCUGUUCCUAGACGAUGGGAUGACAGUGGUGGUCACUGAGACGGGCUCGCGGAAGGACGAGCGCGCGGUGCGAGCGGUCGGGCCGCCACUGACGGCCGCGCCGCUGACUGUUAUGGUCAAUGAGCACACGGCGUCCGCGUCGGAAAUCUUUGCCGGCGCACUGCACGACAAUUGCCGCGCGCUGCUCGUGUUGGCGUUGAGUUCGACGUAUGGCAAGGGGCUGAUUCAGAGCGUGUACGAGCUCAGCGACUCAUCAGGCCUGGUGUUAACCGUGGGCAAGUACCUGACUCCUGCCCGCACAGACAUCGACCGCGAGGGGCUGAAACCAGAUUUCCGGCACAUGCCCUCAUCCACCGCUGCUGCUGAGACCCUGUCUGCGUGCCGCCUGACCGCCUCGAAGGCCUGA